CGCAUCACUGUAGUCCUUCAGCUUCUCCUCCUCAGUGCAGCCCGGCAGGUCCACCAGGCUUCUUGACCCGCAGCAGGAUGACUUGUGAAAUCCGCAGAGAUACCGUGGAACAGGAGCAGGCCGAAAACACCGAGGACAGAGUUGUGAGGAGAGACGGUGUGCUUCGCUACAUGCUGCGCGGCCUCUUCUGGCCGUUUGGCAUCGUGGUACGAGCAUACCGCGGGAUGUGGUGGGUCCUGGGCUUCCGGCAACCAAGGGAGACGGCCCACGUUAGCCCCGCGGUCCCAAGCCCCGCACGCCAGAGCCUCGCCGGCCGCAAGCGCCUGCGCCGGGUCACCCGCCUGCUGCUGUCCAUCUUGCCCCGCUGGGUGCAGGGCGCCCUGGGUUACCCGGUGUCCAGCAACAUUGGGCGCUCCCUCUCCCCAGAAAUCAGAGUCUCUCCUACUAAACCUUGUGGAAAGGGCAGCAAGAGAAAGCAGGAUGAGUUGGAUGAGGAUGAAGAGGAAGAAGAGGAGCAUCAGACCUGGGUGGAGGCGCUCACUCAGGAGCUUGCUGAUGAUGAAGGCCCUGAGGAGGAUCCUGACUAUGAGCCCAGUACUGUAGAAACGGAGAGUGAUGAAUACCGCUCGCACAACAACACAGAAAGCGACAUUGAAGUUCAGGAGAAAGGCGUGGUCAUUAUCGAGGAUGUAAAGACGGAUAUUGAGCCAUCCACUCCAGCUCAAGUCUCCUGUCCUCCCGUUUAAUGUGCCAUAUUCACUGUUAUAUUGUUUUCAGUGUUUUUGUAUGUUUAUAUAUUAUUACAAUAAAACUUUGUCCUAUGCCUUGA